UCAGCUGAUCGACCGGGAACGGUCAGGGACUGGCUAGAGACAGGAAAAAUCAUAUGUAACUCACCCUAAGUUAAAUCCUACCUGGUUACGUUACUGCUCCUGCUGGUAAAUUCAGAAUUGGAUAAAGCUGCUUGUUUUGAAUGAUGGCUGAACUUUAUGAUGUGAUCAUUGUUGGAGGAGGUCUGGGAGGGCUAAUUGCUGCUCAUCUUCUACAGAAGGAAAGAAGUGAUAUCAAGAUACAAGUUCUAGAAGCAUCAGAUCGCGUAUGUAGUUCCCUAAAGACAGUUGAGCUGGAAGCUGCUAAUGGAAAGGAUAAUUUUGAUAUUGGUGUGUCUAGAGUUGGAAGUGCCCAGCCUCUGAUGCAGUCCUUAAUCAAGGAGUUUGGGUUGGAGACCUAUCCUCACUUUGACAAAGGUUCCAAGCACUGGCAGCUCCCUGAUGGGAAGAUCAAGAAAUACUCUGGAUCCAUUCCUCCGCUGGGCUACACCUCACUCGUCGACCUCCUAAGAUACUUCAGAAAGAUGGACAAGCUUGCUGAGAAGGUGAACUUCAAGGACAUAACUGCUACAGAGAACUGCUCUGAAUGGGAGGAUACCACCAUGGAACAGUUUAUUCCAAAGUUUCUAUAUCUUCAGGGAGCGAAGGACAUGGCCAGUACAAUGAUAGGGACAUUCUGCGGGAUGUCCCCCAAUCAACUCUCAGUACUCCAGUACAUGUGCAUGAUCCGUAGCUGUGGCAGCUGGGAGAAGCACAUUGGAGGAGAGGGAACUGGACGAAUGGAUCUUAAAUUCAAGGGUGGUUGCCAGCAGCUUGGUGAGAGGCUGUAUGAGAAGGUCGGCAGUGAUAGGGUCACGAUGGGUGAUGCGGUGACUCGUAUUGAGCAGACUGCUGACAAGACCAAGGCCACGGUCAAGACCAAGUCAGGCCGGACAUUGGAGGCAAAGGUGAUCAUCAUGGCCAUCCCAUCUAGAGAUAUCUGUAAGAUGGAGUUCUCCCCGUCCCUUGAAGUACCCCGCGAGCUCCCUUCUUGGGAUUAUGGAGUGCAUUUUAUUGUUACAUACAAGAAGAAUUUCUGGAGAAACCAGAAAAUGGCUGGAGAGUUCCUGAGCAUGGCUGGUACUCUGGGAGGCUUUAAAGAUGAGAAGGAAUUUCCAUUGAUUGCUUUCUUUGAUCACACCUCUGCUAAUGGAAACCCGGCCCUCAUGGGUUUGUUCUCCGCACCAUGCUUUGCCAAGAUGACUAGUGAUGAGAGGAAGACCAUAGCCCUUAACACCUUAGCCAAUGUGUUGGGAGAUGAAGCGAGGGACAUCAUUGAAUACAGAGAUGAGUCUUGGAAUCGACAGGCUGCUGGAGAAGAACCUAUUAAGAUGAGAGCUGGUCUCAAGGCCUCGGAGGUGAUGGCUUCCUUGAGAAGACCUCAUGGAUGUAUUCAUUUUGCUGGCGAGGAGACAGGAACUGUUUGGUUAGGGAUGAUGGAGUCGACUGCAGAGGCAUCCACCAGAGUUGUGAAGGAAGUUAUGGCAGUUCUUUAACCUGCAUUCCAAAACCAUGGAAGCUUAAAAGUGCCACCCAGAUGUUCAUAUAAUCAUCUCGUAUUGUCUGCCUUCCGUGUGAGAGAUGAUCAGAUGACAAAAUCUAAGAUCUCGUCAUGUCUACAUCUUGUGGGAGAGAUGAUGAGAUGUCAAGAUCUAAGAUCUUGUAAUGUCUACAUCUCUCCCAUGGGAUGUAGACAUGAUGAGAUCAAAGAUCUUAUCAUCUGAUGAUUAUCUGAACAUCUGGGUGGCACUUUUAAGCUUCCAUACAAAACCAUUCUAGGGAUGGAGAUCGUAAUGAUAGUGACAUGCUAAUUACAUGGUACUGACUUGGUAAUUGCAUAACAGUGCCAGGGUUAUCACAUGACAGUUACAACUGGAAAUCACAUGAUGGUGACAUGAUGUUCACUUGAUAGUAAUGUGGUAAUCACAUGAUAAUGACAUGACUAUCAUAUGCCAGUGACAUGGUAAUCCAAUCGUCAGUGGCCAUUCGAACUGUCAAUACUUGUUUUAGAGAAAAAUCAUCUUUCAAAGUUUACUAUAAUUUCCACGAUUUGUCCCCAGCCUUUAAGAUUUUCAUUGCUAGAUAAACAUGUUAGUUAGAAAGACCAAGACAGUUGCUUGUCCUUGAUAUUUUUAUUUUUUACACAGAACCAAGAAUCAGGGAAAAUAUUGCAAUUGAAGCUCUACAGGCUUGUAAUUCCGGUUUGAGCGGUUUAGAUUUUCCCUGCACAAAAAUGCCAAAGGGAACACAACACUGACCACAAUUUCAAGAUGCGCGAUCGGCAAACUGUUGCUUCACUCUUUCAUGUGCAAUGUCAAUGCAUUCAGAAAUGAUGGUUUGCUAACUGGUAUUUGCAUGUUAAGUGUGCGCAGCGGUUGUUUUCAUUGCUAGUAAUACACCUUUCCAUUGGGAUUUUUUGCAUUUUGCAAGAAUACAGGACAGAAUUACAAAUGGAUCCCAUGUACCUCACCGGUAAGAGUACAAUCUAAAUGAAAAAUACAAUUUUAUAUUCUGUACUCAGGUUAAACUUAGGUUCUGGUCUAAAAUUAUGGUUUGACUAUGGAUGGCCAAGUGUGACAUUAAUCUUUCAAUUCAUUCAUAAUUGUCUUUCAAUAAUAUCUCAAAACAUUCCUUCACCUUUAAAGGAUGGGGAAAGGACACAAUCAACAAAAGAAACAUUGUAAAAUAACAUUGACACUUUUGGCUUUCCAUACUUUGAACAAUAUGAGUUACUUAGAACAUGGCUUUAAACUAGACUUUAAUUUGGCACAUGAUGGUCUCCAAGGGGAGCGCUUCAUCAAAAGUUGUCCUUCAAUCAAGUUUUCUGAUUAGACAAGUUUCCUUGAUUUAAGUUGGCUUAGAAGCACAGUCCCGAUGGCUAUGGAUAAAAACAGGAAUUGUCAGAUAAAACGUUCAACAAGUCCCAUUUUAUCCAACAGUUACCAUAGGAUUACUGCUUCUCAGCCAAUCAAAAUCAAGAAAAGUUGUCAGAUUUGAGAACUUGUCGCAAAAAUACAGUUGCAACGCUGCCUGGUUCUUCCACAGGUCAUCCAGCCUUUGUGUUGUAUGGCAAUUUGACAAUUUUGACUAAGCAUGCUCAGGGGAAUGAUCCUGCCAAUGUUUUGACGUUUAACCCGUCCGAUUUUGUGGUAAUAUUGACAUGUAUCAGUAUGUUGUGAUCAAAUUUGAUAAGUAUUGUACUGGUUGGGUAUGUAGCUAGUAUACAUAAAAUUGUUCCAUUUAUACAGUACUCAUUCAUAUGAACAUACAUGUUUGUGAAGAGAGAUGGUUUCAUACGCAAUGUUAUUGAUGAUUUGAUAAUGUUAUCAAUAUACAUUUAUUUUUGAAGCACAAAAGAACAUCUAAAUGGAUUUUCAAGUAUAAUCAAAGAUUUGUUGAAAAAUACUUUUAUACCUUUCAUUUUACUAUAGCGAUUCCCUUGUAAUGCAUAUGAAAAACACAUUGAAAUGUGUGGUUGUGUGCUUUUUAAUCAUUU